GGAUCCCGUGAAACCAUCGAGGAUCAAGCCUGAAUGUCGUAGGUUUUGAAAAUUAUACUGAUGCAUCCUCUACCUCCAUCACAAUCUAUCUAAGAGCUUGUGGUGCAGAUGCGAGUCGAAGUGGCGGCGUAAGACCCUCGUGGUGCUUUACUCAAUGCAUUGUUGGAGAAAGUUGAAAGAAAAAAGCAGAGGGCAAACUUUUUUUCCCCUCAUUGUUCGAUCAAGUUCAGCCGGUCCGGUCCGUGACUGACGAAUGAAGGACCUACCUACCAUGUUGCCAACUUACAACUUACAAGUAGGGACUCCUUAUUUCUCUCCAUUAUGAAUCAUUUUAAAGUCACAACUUAAAAAAAUGAUUUCAUUUGAAUAUGAGAUUGAAUGCAAAGCUGGGAUGAAAAUGGUUUUAUUCCGUGUGGGUUCUUUGUGUGAUUUAUGAACUAGAUUCUUGUGAGAUGAUUAACUACUGUUGUUACUAAUAGAGGAAAGUUUAAAGUUAGACAAAUCCCAGAAUUGUUUUCUUUCAUCAUCAUCAACUGGACCCAGAUUGUGUUUGAUAAAUUGACUGAAUGAAGCAGCCUUUGCACUCAUGGCUGCCUGCACUUUGCUUGCCGUUUCUUUUACUGGGUACUUCUUGUUACUGCUUGAGCACCACACCAGAGCAGGAGAAAGAUAGGGUAUUGCAUUUGCCAGGGCAGCCGGAAAAUGUAGACUUCUUGCAGUACUCCGGCUAUGUGACAGUGAAUGAAGCAGCUGGGAGGGCACUGUUUUACUGGUUGAUUGAGUCUCCCGGAAGCCAGGGGAAUCCCGGGGAGAAGCCGCUCGUUCUGUGGCUCAAUGGAGGGCCUGGAUGCUCUUCUGUAGCUUAUGGUGCAGCUGAGGAGAUUGGUCCCUUCCACAUCAAUGCUGAUGGGAAGACUCUCUACCUCAAUCCUUAUUCUUGGAACAACUUGGCAAACCUACUUUUUCUGGAAUCACCAGCUGGUGUUGGUUUCUCAUACUCAAAUACAACCUCAGAUUUGUAUACUGCCGGCGAUGAAAGAACAGCCUACGAUGCAUACCUAUUUCUUGUGAAAUGGUUUGAAAGAUUUCCUCAGUACAAAAACAGAGAUUUCUAUAUUGCUGGAGAGAGUUAUGCAGGGCACUAUGUUCCUCAACUAUCUCAAAUUAUAUAUCACAGAAACAAGGGAAUCAAGGACCCCGCUAUUAAUUUUAAGGGCUUCUUGGUUGGGAACGCGGUUACUGAUGAUUACAACGACUAUAUCGGCACGUUUGAGUAUUGGUGGACCCAUGGUUUGAUUUCAGAUUCCACAUACAAGUUUCUUCAGAUAGCAUGUGACUUGGGAUCAUCUGCUCAUCCUUCUAAUGAUUGUACCAAAGCUCUUGAUAUUGCAGAAGAAGAGCAGGGAAUGAUUGACCCCUAUAGCAUAUACACACCCCCCUGUCCUUAUACUUCAUCAUCACUUGUGCGCCGCUUAAGGGGUCGUCGUCCAUGGAUGUCCCGAGCAUAUGAUCCAUGCACGGAGGUUUAUUCUCAAAUAUAUUUUAAUCUCCCGGAAGUUCAGAAGGCGUUGCAUGCCAAUGUAACUCAAGUUCCCUAUAAAUGGCAAACAUGCAGUGAUAUUGUUGGUAUCCACUGGGCAGAUUCUCCUCUAUCCAUGCUUCCUAUUUAUCGGGAGCUCAUACUCGCUGGUCUCAGGAUAUGGGUAUUUAGUGGGGAUACUGAUUCAGUGGUUCCUCUCACUGCAACCCGGUACUCAAUUGAUGCUUUGAAUCUUUCAACGGUCACCAACUGGUAUCCUUGGUAUGACAAUGGAAAGGUAGGAGGGUGGAGUCAGGUAUAUGAUGGGCUAACGUUUGUGACUGUGACUGGAGCUGGGCAUGAGGUGCCGCUCCAUCGCCCUCGACAAGCAUUUCUUCUUUUGAGAUCGUAUCUGGAGAACAAGCCGAUGCCUUCCAAACCCAAGCUGCUGUUUUCUCCAAGAUGAUCCUAUAUAUGCAUACUCCAUGCAUCAUUAAUUACAAUAAGCUGCCCCAGGCUUGCAGAUUGCUUGAUUUGUUUGUUUGCUGCUUUCAAUCUCAAAUGCCAACUUCAGCCUAUGAUAUCGUCUUUGUUUUGGUUGGAUUUUAAGAUGGUUCUAUUUGUUCGGUUCAUGCUUUCUUCUGAUAUCAGAUUACCACACGCAUAUGAAAAUGAUUUCUUUCUUGAAGUGGUCUCCAUUCACUUCGUAGCUGGAAACCCCAGAACCCAAUGAUUUCUGUUUGAAAUAAAAUAUGAAAUUAUCAUGUACUCCCUUUGUCCUAUUGUAGUUGUCUAGUUUUGUUUUUUUCAAGUCAAACUGAAUGAACUUUGAGAUUUAAU